UUCUUUCUUUCUUCUUUAAUCAAAACUAACUUGGACGAGCCUUGAGAGCCGGUAAACAUAUAUAUUUACGGUACAAACGUAGCAUAUCUCAUAAUAGCUACGGGUGCGUACAGUGUCGUCGUUUGACCUGAUAUUUUGUUUUGCGACCAACUACUAUAAUCCAGUUAGUUACAGUAGCUAACUAACGUCGGCUAAUUUCGGCUAACGUCGGCUAACUUCGGCUAACGUUGUUAGCCGAGCAGCAAGUGAGUUUGUUUACACGGUACACGACACCUUCAUUCUGGGACUGUUGGACCUUAAUGCUGAGACAUUACCACCCUCUCCCGAUUCCCUGACUUUCAAACCAACCUUUUGCCUCGGUUCCGUCUCCCCUCUCCCCCUCCUCCUCCUCCUCCUCUCCCUCUCUUCUUUCCCCUCCCUGUGAGUGAGUCUGUGUGUGAGCAGUCAUGACGACCAACAAGCCCAAGGGGCAGAACUCUCUGGCCCUCCACAAGGUGAUCAUGGUGGGGAGCGGAGGAGUGGGCAAGUCGGCCCUCACCCUACAGUUCAUGUAUGACGAGUUUGUGGAGGACUACGAGCCCACCAAGGCGGACAGCUACAGGAAGAAGGUGGUAUUGGACGGAGAGGAGGUGCAGAUCGACAUCUUGGACACAGCGGGCCAGGAGGACUAUGCCGCCAUCCGAGACAACUACUUCCGCAGCGGUGAGGGCUUCCUCUGCGUCUUCUCCAUCACCGAGGCCGAGUCGUUCGCCGCCACCGUUGACUUCAGAGAACAAAUCCUGCGAGUGAAGGAGGAUGAGAAUGUUCCCUUCCUCCUGGUGGGUAAUAAGUCAGACCUGGAGGAGCGGAGGCAGGUGAGCGGCGAGGAGGCCAAGGCCCGGGCCGAGCAGUGGGGCGUCAGCUACGUGGAGACCUCCGCCAAGACCCGUGCAAAUGUUGACAAGGUAUUUUUUGACCUGAUGCGUGAGAUCAGAGCCAGAAAAAUGGAGGAUGGCAAAGAGAAGAACGGAAAGAAGAAGAGGAAGAGCCUGGCCAAGAGAAUCAGAGAGCGAUGCUGUAUUUUAUAGUGGCAUGAGGCGUUCUGUUCAUCGGCUUCCUUCCCGAGCCCUCCUCCACCUUGCCCAUUCCUCUGGGUCGUGUUCAUUUGGUACCAAAUGGAAGAAAAUGGACUGAAACAGGGAGGGACUACCUGGACUUGUCUAAUAACAAUUGCUCAUUUUAGCUUUCUGUUGCAAGAAGUUAAAAUAUCUGUUGCGUUCUGUAAUGAACAUUACCCAGGUUUCCCUCUCAGAAGCCAUGGCCAAGGGAGAGAAAAUCCUGUAUUUUUUAUUUAUUAUUAUUAUUUUUAAAGAUGAGUUCACUAAAGGGGAGUUUGUCAUCCAAUUAUAGUAAACACUAAAAUGGUAAGACUACAACUGAAACCAAAAAAGGAAUUUGAGGCCACAAAUGACAAGACUUUACAUUUACUUUCAAUUGUAAUAUUUUAUCCCAAGAACAGUAAUGACCCCUCUUAAAUUAUCGUUCUGAGAUAUAGUCAAUUUAGGAAAACUUAAAACGAGUGGCUGGCUCUGACAUCUGAGGUAUGCCACUGGUGUAGCAGUCACAAACAAAAGAUGCUAUCGGAACGCUCACGCAAUGUUUGCAGUGUGAUAGUAAAUCACUAUAGUCCCAUUUUGUAUAGCUCAGUUGGUAGAGCGUGGCGCUUAUUACGCCAGUGUAGUGGGUUCGAUUUGUUCCCGGGACCACCCAUACGCACGCAUGACCAAGUCACUAUGGAUAAAAGAGUCUACUAAAAAAAGGGCACAUUUAUUAUAUCUCAUGGCUAAUUUCAAAUGCUGCUACAUUCAAUGUCACUCCAGGAUACUCCACUUCACACAGAAUAGACAUGAAACCUAAGGGUGUUUAAUUGAAAGAUAUUGAAUGGGAUCCCACAGUCAAACUUAAACUCUCUUGCACUGGAAUGUCUCUCUGCCAUCUGGUUAGUCUGCUGUGAAAUGUGACACUUUGGAUCGUGCUAUACAGGCCAAUGGUAGAGGGGCUUAUACUUAACAGGCCAAUGGUUGAGGGGCUUAUACUAUACAGGCCAGUGGUUGAGGGGAUUGUACUAAAGAUUACACAAUAGGCUGUUUUCCUGGACAUGUGAAUCCUUAGCCACUAAAAAUGGGUUUUCAGUUCACACUGAGCCUGCUUUAUUGUCCAGCACUAAGCUUAAUCGGUGUCUGGGAAACCAGGCCGAUAUAGUCGCCUUCAUUUAAGAGGAUAGUCUUUUGGUGACCAUAGUUACAUUAAUAAGCAAAGGAGGUUGUUUUUAGAAAAUUGGCAGUGUCUUGUUUUGUCUUUCAGCCUGGCCUAGGUAAUCAAGACUGAAAAUAGAAAGGAGGAAUUUCCAAUGACUCCCUAAUAAAUUAGGUGAUAAAAUUAGGCCUGUAAGCACAAAUCGGUGUCCUGGAAAAUGGUUAUGACUGGCUACUUCAGUACAUUACCAUUUAAGACACCAGUACAUUCUGUAACGGCCGAGUCCAUAUUCCACUUGUUUAGAUCCUGCUAUAAAAUAUCAGGGGGAAUGUGCAGGCCCCUCCAUAUAACAGAAAAUGGGAAUCAUUCCAUUGAUUGCAGUUUCUAUCCCGUGGAUUAUGGACUUAAAGCUCAACCCGGCCCCUUAAAAGAUCCAUCUAAAUGAAAUUGUACGUAUCAUCAUACACCUCAGAGUAUUCCAUAACACAACUAUCAGUGUGUAGAAAAUGCAAUUGGAAAAUGUAAUUUAGGUUUCUAUCCCGAGGCACAUCUGUAUCCCUUUAACUAUAGGCAGGGUAGCCUAGUGGUUAGAGCGUUGGACUAGUAACCGGAACCGAAAUCUGUCGUCCUGCACCUGAACAGGCAGUUAACCCACUGUUCCUAGGCCGUCAUUGAAAAUAAGAAUUUGUUCUCAACUGACUUGCCUAGUUAAGGUAAAAAUAAAACAUACCUUAUAUCACAGAGGUCCUCUGUAUAGUCUGAUAAAUAACCUUUUUGUUUUGUUUUUCGGCAUGGGUUUUUUUCUGCCGUUUGUGCACAACCCCCCCCCCCCCUCGCCGAGUUCUGCGAUGACAAAACUGAACGUACUAUGCAGACGCCUUAAGGCAUUGGGAUUUUCUCACAACCCGAAAACCUUGCUGCUAGACAAACGUCUAUCGUGCCGUUGAGAGUCAAGGCAAGGCUAUACAGACCAAUAACCCCGACUGAUUGUUCCAUGUACUCUCAUUUACAAUAUACACACACUUAAGUAGUUAACAUAGACACCUUUUAAUUUCAAAAUAAGCUACUUUUGAUAUGAAGACAGUUAACACGGGAAAAUGCAUUUCAGAAAAUGAUGGCGUGAACAUCCCUAGUUGAGAAUCUUCCACGUUAAUAACUGUGCUGCGGUGUCAUAUAGAUGGGUGUUUACUCCAGUCCUUGGAUGGAAUGUACCAAUGAACUUGAGGAGACGCACUGAAAUGGGAAACUAUUGCACCAAUGGCCCAUUAUGCUUAAGGUUCCGUCCUGUUUGAAAAUGUGAGAACUGACAACGUUUUUUUUUUUUUUUUAAAUGAAGUUAACAGUCGCACACCGCAAAUAAUAUCUUAGGCUCUGGUCCAAUACUUUUCUUUUUUUUACCAAGACAAUUAUUGUAACCUGGGUCUCGUUCAUUAGGCACCGAAUGGAAUGAAACUGGUGAGGAACUAUGAACUUCUCAAAUAAGAAAAGACCCGUUUCUCGUUGAAAAACAUUUCCAUUGUGUGCCCUAAUGAACACGCCCCCUGGUAUCCCAUGCUAUUGUUCUGUUUGUACGAGGCUUGAUAUCUAGGAGCAAUGACGCUAUCAUUAAGUCUGUGCCGCCCGCUGCCCUAAUGCUGGCCGCUGGUAGCAGAGGUCCUUUCAACUCAUAACAUGUGGAAUAGUGUAAAUUGACUGGAAAAUUAAGGAAAAGGGGAAAUUAAAUAACUUACAAUGUCAA